AUGGACCUUGAUAUGGUGCAUUUGACUGGACAACACCAGCUCAAAGCGGACCAAAGAUACACACUGCAUCAGCAAGGGGCAAAGAUGGAAACAAACUCACUAGCUUUUCAUUCUCAGGUCUGUUCAUCUUUUUUGGUCAUCACUUCUCGUUAUAAACCGGGUGUGGCUGCUGCUGCAAACCCCAAGGCAGCCAAUCAAGCCCGCACUGAAGCUGCCAAGAAGGCAGCACAAGCAGCCUCCCGAUUGUCCUCGUCAUUGCUCCACGCUCCUUCACCUUCUGAAAGCCGCAGCCUUUGUCCACAUAGCCCCCAAUCAACCCGAACAGAUCCUGGUUUUGUUGCCCAGCCACGAGAUUCACGUCUUGCAGCUGACAACCCAACAAGUGACAACAGAGAAGGAGAUGAAUCAUCCUCUCAAUAA